AUGGAGUGCGAGAGGCUCCACGGCGUUGAACUGAUGCACCGACGCCACAAGGCUAUAAAAUUGGGUGACACGGGUCCACCGGCUUUAGCCGGACCUCCAGACUGCUAUAUUAUAACUCAAAGAGUGAUACAAUUUGCAAGAACUGGUGGUGUUAUCAAGCUUCCCAUGUGUUCAGUAAUCCUCCAGGGUUUCUUCAAUAGUAUCUGA